GAUUGCAAAGUAUCGACCAACAAUGCCGGUUUUAUCAGUUGUGAUUCCUCGGCUAAAAAGUAAUCAGUUGAAGUGGAGUUUCAGUGGGGCAUUUGAGGCAAGGCAGUCGCUUAUUGUCAGAGGUCUUUUCCCCAUGCUUGCUGAUCCCCGGCAUCCCGCUGAAUCCAAUAGUGCGACAAAUGAAUCGGUUCUGAAGGUUGCAUUGGAUUUUGGGAAAACGUCUGGAGUGAUUAAGUCACAUGAUCGGGUUGUGGUUUGCCAAAAGGUUGGAGAUGCUUCUGUUGUUAAAAUCAUCGAGCUAGAAGAUUAAAAAUUUGGGUUUUGGACUUUUGGUUUGGGUACAUCGUUCGCAUGACGUGAUAUUGUUUUUCAGUUUUUUGGAAACUUGUAUGUUAUAUUUAUAAAUGUUCCGGUGUGGGACAAAUUUUGGUUUGGUUUUACAA